AUGAGUAGGAAGAAAGAGGAGUUCUUGGUGGAUGACAGUAAUGAAGAGCUUAAUAGAAGGAAAAUGAAGGCUAUAAGGCAAUGUCUUAAGAUACUAGAAGAGGAUUUUACAGAACCAAAUCAGAGAAACAGUGAUUUGUGUCAUAUGUCAAAAGCUAUGAGUGUGGAAGCAUUGCAUGAUGAUGUGAAGGAUGAAGACGCUGAUUUAUUUGGUUUUUUAUCUACAGAAACCAAAACUGAUUUUAAACUUGGGCUGUGCGGUGGCAACUCACAAAAGCUAGCAAGGCCCUUCAGUCACAAUACUGGAGAGAAGAAUGUUCAGCACACAGUUUCUUCAAGUGGUGGGCUGAGGGGUAGACCAGCUCUAGCUCCAUCAGCAGACAUGGACAGCAAAACUAUGGAAGAUAUUGAUGAAGCUUUGUGCAUAGCUAUUUGUAAUCUCAGCCACUUACAUGAUGCAGACCAGAUGCUGAAAUACUUGGAAUUGAAAGUGAAGCAGGAAGGAGACAAAGUUGCAGAAGCUGCAGAUAGAACAUUUGAUGAACUUAUUACUUCUCUCCUGUCAAGAAAGAGGAAAUUGUGUGCGGAAUUGGUGAAGAGCAUCAACAACUACAGUGCUGGUAUUGCAAAAGCUAAGGAAGUCAUUGAGGAGAAGAAAAAGUGCUUGAUUGGUGCCAUUAGGAUUGCAAAGGAAUUAAAAAUUACACCUUCUGUAAGAACCUAUUGUGAUCUCGCUCAGGUUAUUUAUAAUUUAAAGUUGCCAGUUGAGGCUGAGCUCUCAAGAGUGAAUAGUUUGAAGGAAAAAAUAUCUCCAAGAUUCUUCCUAAACACUGAUGAGAUUACAUCUUUGUUAAAAAAUUUGGGCAAGAUUGAAUGGGGAACAACAGGGCAUGAAGAUAAUGGACAACACACUCUUACCGUUGAUGACAAAGAAGAAAUCCCUGAUGUCAUAAUAGAAGAAAUAUUUGAAGAUGACCUGGAAAGUUUGACAGAACUAGUGUUUGUAAGCCAUGUUAUAAAUCCAUGCCACUUCUAUAUUCGGAGAUAUUCACAGAAGAAAGAAGCAGGGGCUUUGGCAAAGAAAUUGAAAAACUUUUGUUGUAAUAAGAGUUCGUAUCUCUUGCCUUCAGAUGUUCUGGAACUAGGUGCUAGAACUUUUAUUAAGAGUAAGGAAACUGGAAUGUGGUGCCGUGGAACUAUCACUGAACUAAUUCCCCUAAAAAGUAAAAGUGAGAGGAAGCCUUGUGGUCCAAUAAGAUACAAAGUUUGUGAUAUUGCACUGCUAGAAGUAUUCCUGAUUGAUUUUGGGAGUUCUGUAGUUCUAAUUUCCUCAGGAUAUGUUCCCACUGAAAGGUCUGAACCUGCUACUCUGCAAACUAUUGAAACAGAUGACGUUUGUUUGUUUGUAAGGAAGCCUGAUCAGCAUAUUGAGGCAGAACUUGCAGCUGUUCCUCCUUUAGCAGUACAGUGUUCAUUGAAGGAUGUUGUUCCCAAAAAUGCAAGUGAAGGUUGGGGAGAGGAAGCAAAGGCAAAAUUUUUAGGAAUGGUAAAUAAUAAAGUUGUUCAAAUGACCAUAUUUAGAGAAGAGGAUGGUGUUCUCAUUGUGGAUUUGAAAAAACCUCCAUUUAAUAAAAUAAGCAAUAACAUGCCAGUAUCUCUCAAGGAUGCAUUAGUUUUUUUAGACUUAGCAAGGUUUAGAUCACAGCUUCCCAGUCAGUUAGAAAAUAAUACCGUCUUGCAGUAUAGUCCACCUAAGAUUCCACAAGAAGGAGAAGAAGUGUAUGUUGUAGUUUGUCACAUUAAUAGUCCAAGUGAUUUCUAUCUCCAGUUGAGAGAUAGCCUGGAUUAUUUAGCUCUUCCAAAGAAAAUACAGGAGGUAUAUAAACAUGAGCAUGGGAAAAACUUGGAAAUUCUCUGCCCAGUUGAAGGCCAAGCCUGUAUUGCCAAACAGAAGGAUGGGAAUUGGUACAGAGCACAGAUCAUAGGGCUGCCAAAUCGUCAAGAAGUUACGGUAAAAUACGUUGACUUUGGCAACAUUGCUAACUUAACUCUUAAAGACAUACGCAGAGUAAAAAAAGAGUUUCUGAGCUUUCCAGAAAAGGCAAUCAGGUGCAGGCUGGCUUGCAUUGAGCCUUAUAAAGGGGCAAAUGAGUGGAACAGAGAAGCCAAGGAAAGAUUUGAAGAAAUGACUGAGGAUAAACUUAUGCUGUGUUCAGUAGUUGAAAUUUUAGAUAAUAACAUCUUAUCUAUUGAACUCUAUGACUCCUCUGCUGUUCAUGAAAGAAGCUUUAAUAUUAACUGCCAGCUAGUUAAAGAAGACCUAGCAUCCUACAUACCUGGGUACCCUGAAAGUACUGCUGUAAGGCCCAAUGAAAUAUGGGAUGUUCCUCUAGAAGAAAUUCCUGAAACCUCAGAAGCUUUAAAUCCUGUAGACAUGGAAUCUGUGGAUGAAAGAGAUUUCAAAUCACUUUCUAAGAAAGAGCUACAAGUGAGAAUUAGUCAUGUUGUGUCUCCUAGUAAAAUUUUUAUACAGUGGCUGUCAUCAGAAAGUGUACUGAAAAGUUUACAGGAGAAGAUGGCUACCUUCUACAAGGAAUCCCAGCCACAGUCUGUGAAGUGGGAAAGUAGUAUGCACUGUGCUGUUUAUGUACAUGAUUUGAAACAGUGGCAAAGAGGUCAAAUAAGCAGGAUUGUCUCUGAAACAAGUGCAGAGGUAAUACUUUAUGAUUCUGGAGCUGAAAAAACAGUGGAUUUAAACUGUCUAAGAAAACUUGAGGAAAAUAUGAAGAUAAUUAGGACAUUAGCAGUAGAAUGUUCCUUGGCAGAUAUAAGACCAACAGGUGGAAGCACACAGUGGACAGCAACAGUGUGUGAAUGUUUAUCCUAUUACCUAACCGGGGCACAAGUAAAAAUAAUCAUACAGGAAAGUGAUGUGGCUUGUGCAUUGCCUGUGAAAAUCCUUUGCAAAGAUGAAACAGGACAAUUGAUGGAUAUUUCAGAACACCUUAUUAAAAAGGGUUUGGCUUUUAGAAACAGAAGAAUUGAUAAAGCUGGUGUGGCUUGCUCAGUCUCCAAGGGACAUCUUAAAGUGCAUUUAGAGCAAGAGAACACACGACUGGAUGGUUGUAAUUCAGAAACUGCACGUGGAGAAAACAGUGCUGCUCCAGAGGAGAACAUUGCUGUUUCAGAGAGUCAACAAAAAUCAUGUGAAACGUACAAGGCACUGCUUCAUUCAGGAACAGAUGAAAUAUAUAAAUCCCCCAUUAUACCUGAAGCGAAAAUUUUUCAAGCUGUAGUAAGUUGCAUUGGACGUGAUGGAACUAUUUAUAUAAUACCAAAAUCCUUUGAAAUUGAACUAAACAAAUUGAUGACUGAAAUACAAAGUAACUUCAAAUGCCUUGGUCUUCUGGAACCCUACUGCUGGAAAAAGGGAGAAGCUUGUGUUGUAAGAGGAUCAGAUACCAUGUGGUAUCGAGGUAGAGUUGUAGAACUUGGUGGUGGUACUCUCCAGGUACAGUACAUAGACCAUGGUUGCAUAGAGAGGAUUCCUCAGUGUCAUCUGUAUCCAACUACAUUGUAUACUGGUAUUCCUCCAUUUUGCAUACCCUGUCAGCUUUACAAGACAGUACCAAUUGGAAAUUUUUGGCAGCAGGAUGCAGUAGAUUGUCUUCAAGAGCUACUUACAAAUGAAGAGGUUGAAAUACAUGUUCAGGAAUUACCAGAUAAACCAUGGGGCAAAUUGUCCAUCAGACUGUAUUUUGGUGGAAUGUCGCUUUCUUCCUUCAUGGCGUACCAGAAGUACUGUGUUGCUGAAGAUUGUCAGGACAUACCAGAGCUGGAGCUACUUGAAGGAGACAUUCCUGUUUUGCCUUCAUACACGUUGCCACUGCUACCUACUCCAGGAGGUACCUUUCCUGUCAGAGUUACCCAUUUGGUGUCCCCUAAGGAGGUAUAUAUUUGCCUUGAUCCUUCUAAGAACCUUAUGAAGCAGUCUACCACAGAGGGAGAUGCCAACUGUGACUCAGAGUUGGAGACCCUUGAUGAAGCCCUGAAAUGGUGCAAUAAAAGUGUGGAGUCUCUUCCUCUAAUAACACACUUCCAAACAGAAAUGCCUUGCCUUGUAGAAUACCAGGAUGGUUUAUGGUAUAGAGCAAAGCUCCUCUCUGUUGAAGAAUUUGAUCCUGUUAAGAUCCUGGUUCAGUUUGUUGACUAUGGUAGUUUUUCAGUUGUCCCAAGAAGCAGAUUGCGUCACAUACCUUAUCAUUUGCUGAAGUACCCUGUUCAGGCAGUACGAGUUCUGUUGGCUGGAUUUAAACCUGCUUUAUAUGACAAAAACGUGAAAAGAAUUCCUUAUUCCCCAGAAUGGAGUGUGGAGGCAUUGUGGGCUAUGAUGGAGUGCGUUGAAGGAAAACAGCUCUUUGCUUCCAUACUUGCUUUUUCACCAGAGGUCAUCAUUUCUUUGUAUGAAGAUGACAAAAACCUAGUUCAUAUGAAACUGAUAGAAAUGGGACUUGCAGAUUUGGAUGAGUGA